GCGCCAGUGGCACACCUCCGUAAAUUACCUCAGAAUUCAAUGGCGAAUUUCUCAACCACACCAACCACAAGAGAGUCUAGUAAAGAGUACUCUCUCAUUCGCACACAAACAUCAUCUCCUCCGUCAAUCUAAUAAUCACAAUUUCUCUCUCUGAAAAACCACCGUUUUCUCUUCUUAAUUUCGAUUUGGCGACGCUUCUCCGCUAAACAUCGUCGCCAAAUCUCUCUUUCUCUCUCUCUCGCUUACUUUACUUCACUUGUAUAUUAAUCAACUAUCUCUUAAUCCAAGAAAUUAAGCAUUCGUCGCUUGGUACUAAAUAGGAGUCAGAUCUGAGCAGCGGGGCACCAGAUCCAGUGGCAAAAAAAUGGAGGAAGCGUUAGAACUGGCGCGUGCAAAAGACACAAAGGAGAGAAUGGCAGGAGUAGAGAGACUGUAUCAACUACUAGAAGCAUCUAGAAAGAGUUUGAGUUCAACAGAAACGACAUCGCUUGUUGAUUGCUGUUUGGAUCUUUUAAAAGAUAAUAAUUUUAAAGUAUCUCAGGGUGCUUUAAUGGCUUUAGCAUCUGCUGCUGUUUUGUCUGGUGAACAUUUCAAGUUGCAUUUCAACGGUCUUGUUCCUGCUGUUGUUGAACGCUUAGGUGAUGCUAAACAACCAGUGAGAGAUGCUGCUAGACGCCUCUUGUUAACUUUGAUGGAGGUAUCUUCACCAACAAUCAUUGUUGAGAGAGCUGGCUCCUAUGCCUGGAUGCACAAGAGCUGGCGUGUUCGAGAAGAAUUUGCUAGGACUGUCACAUCAGCCAUUGGUCUUUUUUCUUCUACUGAGCUUCCUCUUCAGCGAGCUAUACUCCCUCCUAUUUUGCAGAUGUUAAAUGACCCAAAUCCUGGUGUCAGGGAAGCUGCUAUCUUGUGCAUUGAGGAGAUGUAUUCGCAGGCAGGGCCUCAGUUUCGCGAUGAGCUUCAGCGUCAUCACCUUCCUAUGUCUAUGAUGAAAGAUAUUAAUGCUAGGCUAGAGAAGAUUGAACCUCAAAUGCGCCCUUCGGAUGGACCUACUGGAAAUUUUGCUACUGGAGAGAUGAAGCCUAUGAACCUUAACCCCAAAAGGAGUAGUCCAAAGGCCAAGAGUACCACAAGAGAGGUGUCUCUUUUUGGAGGAGAAAGUGAUGUCACAGAGAAACCCAUAGAGCCAGUUAAGGUUUACUCAGAAAAAGAGCUAAUUAGGGAGUUUGAGAAAGUCGCUUCUACCCUUGUUCCAGAAAAGGAUUGGUCUAUCCGCAUUGCUGCCAUGCAGAGAAUUGAAGGGCUUGUUUUAGGAGGUGCUGCUGAUUACCCAUGUUUUCGGGGACUUCUGAAGCAACUUGUUAGCCCCUUAAGCACACAAUUAUCUGAUCGGAGGUCAAGCAUAGUGAAGCAGGCUUGCCAUCUAUUGUGCUUUUUGUCGAAGGAACUCUUGGGCGAUUUUGAGGGAUGUGCUGAGAUGUUUAUUCCUGUCCUUUUCAAGCUGGUUGUGAUUACUGUACUUGUAAUUGCAGAGUCUGCAGAUAACUGCAUAAAAACGAUGUUGCGCAACUGCAAAGUUGGCCGUGUGCUUCUUCGCAUAGCUGAUUGUGCAAAGAAUGAUCGAAGUGCGAUACUUCGGGCAAGAUGCUGUGAAUAUGCUCUAUUGAUUCUAGAACACUGGCCUGAUGCUCCAGAAAUACAAAGGUCGGCUGAUCUUUAUGAAGAUAUGAUAAGGUGUUGCGUUGCAGAUGCUAUGAGUGAGGUAAGAUCAACUGCAAGAAUGUGCUACAGAAUGUUUGCAAAAACCUGGCCAGAGCGUUCCCGCCGCUUAUUUUCAUCUUUUGAUCCUGUUAUUCAACGGAUUAUUAAUGAAGAGGAUGGGGGCUUGCAUAGGCGACAUGCUUCUCCUUCUCUCCGAGAUAGAAGUGCACAAUUGUCAUUUACUUCGCAAGCAUCUGCUCCUUCAAUCUUGCCUGGAUAUGGAACCUCUGCAAUUGUUGCCAUGGAUAGAACAUCAAGCUUGUCCUCUGGGACAUCUCUGUCUUCUGGCCUGCUGUCUCAAACAAAGGGACUUGGUAAAGGUACUGAGCGUAGUUUGGAGAGUGUACUGCAUGCAAGCAAACAGAAGGUCACUGCGAUUGAGAGCAUGCUUAGAGGUCUGGAAUUAUCUGACAAACAGAAUCAUUCAACUCUGCGGUCGUCUAGUUUGGAUCUAGGAGUUGACCCUCCAUCAUCUCGUGAUCCACCAUUCCCGGCUACUGUUCCAGCCUCUAAUCAUCUCACAAGCUCCUUAAGUUUGGAAUCAACUACAACUAGCAUCAGCAAAGGUAGUAACCGCAAUGGUGGCUUGGUGUUAUCUGAUAUUAUUACACAAAUUCAGGCUUCUAAAGAUUCUGCUAAAUUAUCAUAUCAAAGUACUGCGGCAGCUGAAUCUCUGCCAGCAUUUUCAUCAUACACGGCUAAGAGGGCUUCUGAAAGACUCCACGAAAGAAGUUCCUUUGAAGAGAACAAUGACAUUAGGGAGGCUAGGCGUUUUGCACAUUCACACACUGACAGGCAGUAUAUUGAUUUGCCUUACAAAGAUGUAAACUACCGGGAUUCUCAUAACAGUCACAUUCCCAAUUUCCAGAGGCCACUUUUACGAAAGCAUGCAGCUGGACGAAUGUCUGCUGGGAGGAGGAGGAGUUUCGAUGACAGCCAACUAUCUCUUGGUGAGAUGUCAAAUUAUGUGGAAGGUCCUGCAUCUCUCGCUGAUGCACUGAGUGAAGGACUUAGUCCAAGUUCUGACUGGAAUGCUAGGGUUGCUGCUUUUAAUUACCUCCGGUCAUUGCUGCAGCAAGGCCCUAAAGGUAUUCAGGAAGUAGUCCAGAAUUUUGAGAAGGUAAUGAAGUUGUUUUUCCAGCACUUAGAUGACCCCCACCACAAAGUUGCACAAGCGGCCCUUUCAACACUUGCAGAUAUUAUUCCCUCUUGCCGAAAGCCCUUCGAAAGUUACAUGGAAAGGAUCUUGCCCCAUGUUUUUUCACGUUUAAUUGACCCCAAAGAACUAGUCAGGCAACCUUGCUCAACUACUCUGGAAAUUGUUAGCAAAACUUAUAGUGUUGAUACUCUCUUACCCGCAUUGCUUCGCUCACUAGAUGAACAGCGAUCUCCAAAGGCUAAAUUGGCUGUUAUUGAGUUUGCUAUUACUUCCUUUAACAAGCAUGCUAUGAACUCUGAAGGUUCUAGUAAUACAGGCAUUCUAAAAUUGUGGUUGGCUAAGUUGACUCCACUAGCCCAUGACAAAAAUACUAAGCUCAAGGAGGCGGCUAUUUCAUGCAUUAUUUCAGUUUACUCCCACUUCGAUCCAACAGCUGUUCUUAAUUUUAUUCUUAGCCUGUCAGUUGAAGAACAGAAUUCCUUGAGACGUGCUCUUAAACAGUAUACUCCUCGUAUUGAAGUGGAUCUGAUGAACUUUUUGCAAAGUAAGAAAGAGCGACAGCGGUCUAAGUCUUCUUAUGACCCUUCUGAUGUUGUUGGAACAUCUUCAGAGGAAGGAUAUGUUGGGUUGCCAAAAAAGAGUCAUUUCUUUGGAAGGUACUCUGCUGGUUCCAUUGACAGUGAAAGUGGCAGGAAGUGGAGUUCUACCCAAGAAUCAACCUUGAUAACUGGAAGUAUUGGUAAUGCAGCUUCUGAUGAAACUCAGGAGAACUUGUAUCAGAAUCUUGAGAACAUUACUAAUGUUGAAGUUCAUAGUUCAAAGACUAGGGAUUUGACCUAUUUGGUCAAUUCCACCACACCGAACAUAGUAUCCCGUGUUGGCCGUCUUGAAAAUGUGGACCAUAGCUUAAAUUUGGAGGGGUUAUCUACUCCUUGUCUAGAUAACAAUGGGCUGAUGACUUCUGAACUCAUGGUGGAUGCUGAAAGCUUUGGGCAAGAUAAUGAUGCUUCAAUUAACAUGGAACUUAACCAACAUAAACCUGCAGCUGUAAGAAUCAACUCAUUGCCAGAUUCAGGUCCUAGCAUUCCCCAAAUUCUUCACCUGGUUUGCAAUGGUAACGAUGAGAGUCCUACAGCAAGUAAGCGUGGUGCACUUCAGCAGUUAAUUGAAGCAUCUAUGGCUAAUGAACAUUCUGUAUGGUCUAAAUAUUUCAAUCAAAUUUUGACAGCUGUACUUGAGGUGUUGGAUGAUGCUGAGUCCUCAAUCCGGGAACUUGCUCUUUCAUUGAUUAUUGAAAUGCUCAAAAACCAAAAAGAUGCGGUGGAAGAUUCCAUAGAGGUUGUAAUUGAGAAGUUGCUUCACGUUACGAAGGAUGUUGUUCCAAAAGUUUCUAAUGAAGCUGAGCACUGCUUGAGCAUUGUUUUGUCUCAGUAUGAUCCAUUCAGAUGUUUGAGUGUAGUUGUUCCUUUAUUGGUUACUGAAGAUGAGAAAACUCUUGUGACAUGCAUAAACUGUUUAACAAAGCUUGUGGGCCGGCUCUCGCAGGAGGAACUAAUGACUCAGCUACCAUCAUUCUUGCCUGCCCUUUUUGAAGCUUUUGGAAACCAGAGUGCAGAUGUUCGUAAGACUGUUGUUUUCUGCCUGGUGGAUAUUUAUAUUAUGCUUGGGAAAGCAUUUUUGCCGUACUUGGAGGGGCUUAACAGUACACAGUUGCGGUUGGUAACCAUUUAUGCCAAUCGGAUAUCGCAGGCCAGAACAGUGUCAUCACAUCCGCCCCCUGAAAUUCUCAAGUGACUGGAAACAAUGGUCUUUUCUGUUUCUAUAUAAGAUUAUGAGUAGGCGCUUGAUUGUCAUCAAUACUCAUCUUAAAUUUGGAAGACUUUGGCAAGUCCUGAGUGCUGUCUAUUAUUGCAUAAGCUUGAGUUAUUAGCUUGGAGAAACAAUGGUUCCUUCAAUUGCCUCUGGUAGCUCACAUGCAGAUAGAAGGAACACAGGAAAUGGUAGAUUGCCGAUGCGAGCAGGAGGCGCAUCUGAAGAUCCAAAUGUGAUCAGAUUCCCUGCUAUGACUUUAAGGAACAGAAUGUCUGCACUUUUGGUUGAUAACCAUAGGUGUUGCAGGCUCGUCCAAAUGGGAAUGCUUCAAUACUAUGGUAUUGAGACUCAGGCUGUGGAGACUGCACAGGCUGCAAUAGACCUGCUUACUUCUGGUCAUUUAUUUGACCUUAUAGUCAUUGACAGUAGGCUUCCAGUCCUGAAUGGAAUUGAGACCACUAGGCAUAUUCGUACAAUGGGGGUAUGUUCAAAGAUUGCAGGUUUGAUUGGUUCCUCGAGGGAAAGAGAUAGGCAAGCAUUUCUGGAUGCUGGCGCUGACGCUGUUUUUGAAAAGCCGUUAGUUCCUGAGAGGCUGGUGCCAAUGCUGAUGCAGAUGGAUGGCCAGAUUUAAAGAACCAUGGAUCUUAUGCAUACAGGAGUCUGCAUAUGCCCAAAAUCAAUAAAAACCUUUACCAUUUUCAGUCUUUUUUUUCCUUUCUUAUGCUAUGUUUCAAGCCCAUGAUGGCUGUAGCAUUACCAGCAAUAGUAUGAAUAAAAUCAGGUUCUCUUA